AUGGCGCAAAUUCCCACGCCCCCCGCGUCCCGCGAUACCUCCGAAGCGCCGGAGAUCCAGAAGGAAACCGAAGUCGACACCUCUACCGAACUACUGCAGCCAUUGGAUACUCUUCUAGAGCGAUAUCUUCACCUCCUCGAUCGGCAUCAGAAACUACAAGCGGAUUUGGCGAAACAGUUGUCUUCGGGGUUUCUGUCUCUUGCGCAGGCCAAUUACACAUGCCCGCCUGGCCGACGAUAUGGUACGGACUACUACGAUGAACGGAUGAAGGCGACGAGGAAGGUGUCGCUAUGUACUCCUUCAAAGGCCACAAAAGAAUCGGGGAACCCUACUGAAGCGAAUGAUUACGAGCAUACCUUCACAAUUCAAUAUACACCGGACAACCGUGAUGACGAACAGGAUAAAGAGAAGGAAGCCUCCGAGAGCCCUUCGGACACUGCGCCAUCCGAUGAGAAUCCAGACAAGGAAAGCGAGAACAACACACAAGAAACCGACGACGGCAGCAACUCGGAGCAACCUGAAACCGAUCCUACGAUCCCAAAGCCUAAGCCUAUCAAGCAGUUUCGUUCUUCGGAUCCGAUAACCUGGUAUGGGAUAUUGGUUCCGCUAUCUCUUCGGAGUGCUCAAAAAAGCUUUACGGAAGCUGUGGAUGAUCACUCGUCGGAGUUGGCGAGUGUCAUCGUUGAGAUGGGAGCGGUUGAGAGGGACGUCCACGGGUUGCGAAAUCGAUUGAAUCUCAACAGUUCAUAA